UAGACCAUUCUACAUUACGGGUAAGUUCACCGAUACUUGAUCCCGCUUGGCUACAUGAUGAUGCUACACUGCAACGCUGUCAGGCAAUGAAAACGUUUGUAGAGAUGUGCAUUUAUCCCACUUUCAACCCAUGAUGAUUGGACUGACUAGCAUAAGUUUCUCUUUGGAACACCUGCGGUUAUAUCCUUUGACCCAUUACUUACCGUAAACUGCGGGAGUUAAGUUUAGGCGGAAUAGCUUCUAUAUGGGAUCCCGGAUUUUGAUUUUUCGAGAAUUUCGUUGUAAUGGUUAAUUACCUCUUGAUUCCUACUUCCAUUGCCCUCAAUUCAACAUAAGUUUUCCUUUCAUUUGAAAUUUUUACUAGGUUACAUGUCUUUCCCAUAUUCAUUCAUGCCGUGAUCAAUAUAUCAAUCAGGAAAUUCAGGAUGAAGUCUUCCGACCUCCUUCGAUUACCUCUUUUCCUCACUUCAUUAACAUUCCUCUUUCCCUUGACUGCAGCAUUAGGCCAAGAUCCAACGAUUACAACGACGAAGCCGACAAAUGGUACAUCUUCGCCUUUGCAGAUUGCUGGUAAAGGACUCAAUGCGCAGAUAUUGUUAAGUAAAGAGGAGUGGUGGGGUGUCUUGAGAGUAGCGGAGGAUUUGGCUGGAGAUUUGGGAAAGGUUGUAGGGGAAAACCUGACGUUAGCUUAUUGGGAUGGUAACUCCGGGCCAGAUGUUUCGCAGGUGAAUCCUGGUGAUGAUAGAGAUGGCCGACCAAAACUGCCUCAUCAGGGAAGUGGACGGAACAACGGCAAUGGAGAAGGAGGAGUAGUGGGUGAUGUCGCGAAUCCCGGUGGCGAUACUGGACAUAAUGCAACAGUUGACAGUGGUACCGGUGGCCCGAUCGAAGUACUUUAUACUUAUAGAGCACCGACGAAUAACAUUAAUGUAAGUUAAUUUCAAUAAGCUCUUAUGAUAAUUUACGAAGCCUGGUGAAAAUGGAUCUUGCCAUUUCACAUCUCAUUUGAUUCAAAGAUGAGGAAUCUUACACAAAAACAGUACACCGUUGGUCUAGAACAAAACUUUACCGGUCCUACUCUUCACCCAUCCAACCCUUCAUCCACGGUACUGAUUGUUGGAACUCUCACACAAUCUCCACUUAUUACCCAAUUAAUCUCAUCAGGUCUUCUAGAUCCAAAUCCGAUUAGAGGAAAAUGGGAAGCAUUCAUGUCCGUCAUCAUCCAAAAUCCUCUACCCGGUAUUGAUAAAGCAAUGGUCAUCGUAGGGAGUGAUCUCCGAGGUACCAUAUAUGGACUUUAUGAUAUUAGUGAACAAGCAGGUGUUAGUCCUUGGUGGUGGUGGGCGGAUGUGCCGGUGAGAACAAAAGAUGGUGUUUGGGCAAUAAGUCCAAAUGCGACCCAGCAUCAUGAACCAAGAGCACAAGGAGGUUCAGAACCGACAGGUCCACGUGCGAGCGGCAGGAUAAAGAUUUUAAAGAUUCAGGAUACUCCAAGUGUGAGAUAUAGAGGAUUCUUUUUGAAUGAUGAACAACCUGCUUUGACGAAUUGGAUUAAGUGAGUCGUUGUAUUUUCGUAUUCUCUUCUCUGUAUUUUACAGAGAUUGUCGAAGAGCGGGAAGAGAUGGCUGCUAACGAUCCUAGUGCGAAUUAUCCACAAGGAAAAUAUGGACCAGGAUUCAAUCACUAUUUCCACUCUCGUGUCUUUGAACUUCUACUGAGAUUGAGAGCAAAUUAUUUCUGGCCUGCUCAGUGGAAUAGUAUGUUCAAUGUGGAUGAUUAUGCCAAUCAACCAUUGGCAGAUGCUUAUGGAAUUGUGAUGGGAACAAGUCACACAGGUUUGUUCCCUCCAAGUAAUGGCCAUAUCAUAGUACUAAUCUGGAAUAAUUCUAGAACCAAUGACGCGUGCCACUAAAGAAUGGUCUACUUUUGGGAAGCAAUAUGGCGGUAACGGCCAAUGGGAAUACGACACUAAUAAUGCAUCCGUCGAUCCAUUCUUCAAAUACGGCGCUCAGCGUGCCGUUCCUUACAUUGCAAAUACUCUGUUCACGAUGGCAAUGCGUGGAUCUGGUGAUACUGCUCUUUCCUUGACUCAAGCAGAAGCUAUUGCACUUCUGGGUGAUGUGGUAACAAAACAAAGGAAAAUAUUUGGGGAAGUAUUCGAAGGAAGGAAUGUAACUGAGAUUCCGCAAAUGUGGUGUCUGUAUAGUGAGGUCCAAGGUUAUUAUGAGGCGGGGAUGAAGGUCCCAGAAGAUAUUACCUUGUUGUGGGCGGAUGAUAAUUUUGGGAACGUAAGAAGGUUACCAUUGGCUAAUGAGACGAGUAGGACUGGUGGUGCUGGUGAGUAAAUUAUUGGUUGUGUUUGGUUAAGUCAUAGUUGAAGAUGCUGAUGUUGUUGAACAGGUGUUUAUUAUCAUGUGGAUUAUGUUGGGCCACCUCGGGACUAUAAAUGGAUUAAUACUAUUCAGCUUGAGAAGACUGUCGAGCAGGUUAGUAACAUUUCAAAUCCUAUCCUUAGGUGCAAUAGCACAAGCCUAAUGAACCUAUCUAUAACAGAUGCAACUUGCUUCUGCCCGUCAAGCAAAUAGAAUCUGGAUGCUUAACGUUGGUGAUCUUAAACCCCUUGAGAUCCCUAUAAAUCAUUUCAUGGAUCUCGCUUACGACACACCUAAAUGGGGCUAUGAUUCUGUUCCUAAAUGGCUCGAAUUAUGGGCUACGCGAGAGUUUGGCCCUGAAUACGCUUCCAAUAUCUCAAGUAUCAUGGAUACAUAUGGAAUGUUGGCGGCAAGGCGAAAAUACGAGAAUAUUGAUAUGACAGUCUAUUCAGUAAUCAACUACAAUGAAGCAGAUGCUAUCCUCGCCCAAUGGGAACAAUUGGCUCAAGAAGCUCAAGCAAUUUAUGACAAAUUAGGAGAAGAUUGGAAACCAGCUUAUUAUGAGAUGAUUUUGCAACCAGUACUUGGAGGACAAGUUGUUAAUCAAAUACACAUUGGUGCGGGUAAAAAUGCUCAUUAUACGGAACAAAAGAGAAAUGCUGCGAAUGAGAUUUUUCAGCAGGUAUUGGAUGCUUUUAAAAUGGAUCAUAAAUUAACGCAGAGAUAUCAUGAUUUACUUGGUGGGAAGUGGAAUCAUUUCUUGGAUCGUGAGUAUUUUCUUCUUUUGCCAGAGAUCUUUCGUAGCUAUAGACUUACAGAUAAUAGAAACCCAUCUUGGAUACGAUUACUGGCAACAACCAAUGCGCAAUGCUCUUCCUCCCAUGUCAUACGUCCAAGAUCUCGAAACUUCUCUUGCAGGAAAUCUAGGUGUUGGAAUCGAAGGCUCAAAUGCCACAGUAUCCGGAGAUGACAAUUAUCAUACACUUUCAUCGGAAGUACUUACUCUACCUCCCAUGGAUCCAUAUGGACCACAAACACGUUAUGUCGAUAUCUUUGCUCGCGGACUUCUCGGUUGUAGCUGGACUAUUAAUGCUUCUCAACCAUAUGUUCAUUUAUCCCAAACCACAGGUAUAACCGGCGGAUCAAACGGAACUGACACGCGCGUCUACGUAUCCAUCGACUGGCCAUCCGCACCUCCACCUCCAAACAGCACAAUCGUAACCCUUCUCAUAACCUCCUCUUGCGAAGGCGGUCAAUGGGGAAACUACGGACCACCAUCUAUUCUCCUCCCCGUAAACAACACCCUCAUCCCCUCAAACUUCACCAACGGUUUCGUAGAAUCCGACCUCCACAUCUCCAUCGAAGCAGACCACACCUCCUACUCCACAUCCGUAAACGAAAUAUCCUACAUCACACUCCCUGGUCUCGGCCGCACAAACAGCGGCGUAACACUUUCCCCCGUCCUAGCACCCACACAAAAUACAACAAGCGGUCCCUAUCUCUUCUACAAUCUCUACACAUUUACAGCUGUCCCCCUCACAAACAUUACACUUUUUAUCUCUCCAUCAUUAAAUCAAAACGGUAGAGAAAGAACUCUUAAAUACGCGAUCGCAAUUGAUGAUGAAGUUCCGCAGAUAAGACAAUUUGUGCCGAGUAGUGUUAGUACGGCUAUUUUUCCGACGGGUUGGGCUGGUGCGGUUGUAGAUGGUGUUUGGGGACAAAGUAGUGGGAAUACGACGAUGACUAGUCAUGGGGCUUUUAAGGUUGCUGGGGCUCAUAGUUUGAAGAUUUGGGCGAUUGAACCGGGGGUUGUUUUUCAGAAGAGUGAGUUUCUUUUUUUUUGGUUCAUGUAUUCUUCAUUUUCCGGUUGGGAAGGAAGGAAGGAAGGAGAUUGUUAUCAUACUUCUUCUUUUGUUUUUUCUCGUCUCGUCUCGUUUUAUUUCAGAUCAGAGCGAAAGGUAAAAUAAACUUUUACUAACUCUCAACUCAACUCAGUCAUAAUCGAUAUGGGCGGUGUACGUCAAAGUUUUCUUGGACCACCGGAAAGUUUCCGCAUCGGAGGAAGUGAAGAGAUUGGAAAGGGGAAGACGAAUUUUGCGGGAGUGGAUGUGAGGAGGUGGGCUAAGGGUGUUGUUUAGGUUUAGUGAUGUUUUUUUCAAGAUGGAGGGAGGGGCAGGAGAGCAUGAGAGAGGGAGGAGGAAUGGGAAUGGGAAUUGGAAAGAGAAUUGAUGGGUUUUG